AUGUUGGGUUCUCAAUCUGGCACCAUUUCCAGGGGCACAAGACUUUUUUCCACCUGUCGAGCUCUUCAGCAUGACAAUCCUUUGGGACUUCCACGCUCUGGUACCCCGCCAACUUUCCGUUCACGCCGAGGGCUUCCCGAAAAGCGCAAGAUUCGAGAUGUCAAGAAAGUUGUUGCGGUCUCUUCAGCAAAAGGAGGAGUUGGAAAGUCUACAAUAGCAGUCAACCUCGCACUAUCAUUUGCACGCCGUGGUAUCAAGACUGGAAUUCUUGACACUGAUAUCUUCGGUCCCUCCAUCCCUACCCUCCUAAAUCUCUCUGGCGAACCUCGCCUUGAUGAAAAAAACUGCCUCGUCCCUCUAACAAACUAUGGCCUCAAAUCGAUGUCAAUGGGCUAUCUCCUCCCUCAAACACAAGCCGAUAGCACAACAGGCGAACUACCUAUGGACACAACACCAAUCUCAUGGCGCGGACUAAUGGUAACAAAAGCCAUGCACCAGCUCCUCCACUCAGUAUCAUGGGGUCCAUUGGACGUCCUAAUCCUCGACCUACCCCCCGGAACCGGCGAUGUUCAACUUACAAUUAACCAAGAAGUCAUCAUCGACGGGGCAGUGAUCGUAUCGACGCCCCAGGACAUUGCCCUCCGCGACGCCGUGCGCGGCAUUGGGAUGUUCCAGCGAAUGGAAGUUCCAGUGCUCGGAAUGGUGCGCAACAUGGCAUAUUUCGCGUGUCCACAGUGCGGGACUCAGACUCGCAUAUUCUCGCACGGCGAUAGUCACCACCACGCGCACGGUGAGAACCACGGUGUCGUGGCUGAGUGCAAGCGGCUCGGAGUGGACUUCCUUGGUGAUAUCCCUCUUGAUGCUCGGGUGUGCGAAGAUGCUGAUCGUGGAAUGCCGACUGUUGUUGCGGAGGAGAGUAUUGAGCGCAGCGCAAGGCGGGAUGCUUUCCUUGGUGUCGCUGAGCAGGUGGCUCGAAAGAUUGGUCUUGAUUGGCACUGA